AUUAAGAGGUCCCUUUGUUUAAAUUUGACAUAUAAUGGGCCGCAUCAGAUUGGCGAAGUAAAUAACAUUAACAGUGUUAACAUUGGAUGGGAUAGUUGUAUUGUUGUUUAUUCUUCAGGUUCUUGUACACUGAUAUAGUUUAUAUCAGAAUUAAGAAAAAAUAAUGAAUGUCUUCCGUCUUGCAGGAGAUUUAUCACAUCUUCUUGCGAUUAUUAUAUUACUAAUGAAAAUAUGGAAAACAAGAUCCUGUGCAGGUAUUUCAGGAAAGACCCAGAUUCUCUUUGCUCUUGUCUACACUUCUCGGUACCUAGAUCUCUUUACAAACUUUGUAUCAGUUUACAACUCGGUCAUGAAAGUCUUCUUCGUUGCCACGUCGUAUGCCACAAUCUACUUGAUAUAUAAUAAAUUUAAAGCUACGUAUGAUCGUAACCAUGACACUUUCCGCAUAGAGUUUCUACUCGUUCCUGUUGUUAUCCUGGGACUUCUGGUUAAUCACGAGUUUUCCCUGGUUGAGGUCUUGUGGACUUUCUCCAUUUAUCUGGAAUCAGUUGCUAUCCUGCCUCAGUUGUUCUUGGUGUCCAAGACGGGGGAAGCCGAAACUAUUACUUCACACUACCUGUUCUGUCUGGGGUUGUAUCGUGCAUUGUAUAUCCUAAACUGGAUCUAUCGCUACUAUAUUGAAGGAUUUUAUGAUUUGAUUCCCAUUGUGACUGGUGUAGUUCAGACUGUGCUCUACUGUGACUUCUUUUACUUGUAUAUUACUAGAGUUAUAAAAGGAAAAACACUGAAGUUGCCAGCAUAGAUACAGAUGAACAAUCCUGGUGAUGAUGUACAUAGAAUAAUUUUGUGAGCACGAAGCCACUGUUGAUACCAAUACAUGCACUCAUCAAGCAUCUACAGAAAGAGAGAGAGACAGAUCCUAUCUAAUUUGUAAAUAAUCAUUUUCAUUUGAUGCAUUACUGUAGCUUACUUUUUCUUGUCUUGUUUUGUACAGAUUGUAACAUUGGUUUGAAAUAAGUUAGAUUUUUUUUACUAAAAUAUUGCACAAGUGUUGAUACAUUUUUAUUAAGUAGAUCAAAAUGUCGGAAAUUUUUUGUUUGUAAUGUCCAGGUAUUUAUUGCAUCAAACCACGAGAUAAUUCACUCUGGUUUUAUUAUAUAUGUGGUGUUCAACUCGUUUUAAACUCUUCCCAGAUCUAAACAGACAGUAGUAAUGCAUCUUACUGCAUCUGUGGUUAGGUCUUUGGUUUCAGUCUUUUGUGAUUUACAAAGACUGUAAUAUUAGUUGACAAAUUCCAGAAGAUCAAAAAAGUAUUUAAGUAUUGUGAGGAAAAACUACAGUACUGGUUAGAAAGAUGGUGAGUUGAUUUAUAAGUAGAAGUUUAGAUAUAUUUUUCUUUGUUUGAUGUUCUACUAUCAAAGUUAUAAUCAGAAAAAAAAAAAACAGGCUUUGAUUAUGCAGUCUUGAAGACAGAUCUAGAACCGUGUGUGUACAUAUUUAUUAUUGUGUUACAAACAGUUGUAUCUGAUAGACAAUAAACAUUAUUAUAAGGUA